AGUUGGUAGAAGAAGAAGAACGUGAGCGCUUCUUCCUCUCCAAUGCGCAAGUGCGGACUUUUAGCCUGCUUAGUACUCAUACAGAAGCAAUCGGCUUCGUUGUUUUCCGCGCUAUUUAUUUUGCGUCCUGUCUUCUUCUUUGAAUACUGCUGCAAUGAACGAGAGUGUUGUUAAAAAGACGCAAGAGGCGCUCGGAAAAGUGAUAAAGAAACCGCCGCUGACAGAAAAACUGCUCAGCAAACCACCGUUUCGAUACCUGCACGACAUCUUCAAUGAGAUCAUCAGAACCACUGGUUUCAUGAAAGGCCUGUACAAAGACAGUGAAUUGAAGUCCGAUAAUGUCAAGGACAAGGAGACUAAGAUGGCCUUCCUUCAGAAAGCCAUUGACGUCGUGAUACUGGUCAGCGGGGAGCCCGUGGCAGCAAAGCCGGCACGCAUCGUGGCCGGCCAUGAGCCCGAGAAGACCAACGAGCUGCUGCAGGCUAUUGCUAAAUGCUGUCUCAAUAAGCUGUCCAGUGAGGAGGCGGUGAAACGGAUACUUUCCGGAGAGAAGGUGGACUCGAAAAUCAAGGCCCCGACCAAGUCCCAAGACAAAGAAAAUCGAGAAGGGCGUCAGCAUCGGCCAGUGGAAAGACAGGAGGAGAAGAGGAUCGAGCGCAGCGGGAGCAGAGGAGACAAGGACCCGGACCGGCGCGGAAGACAGCACGGAGAUGGCGAGCGAGAGCACCGGCACGACAGGGAGCGCUCGGGCAAGAACCUGCGCCGCGAGCAGGACCGCGCCAAAGACGGCGAGCGAGACAAAGGCAGAGCCAAAGACCGAGACAGAGACAAGGACAAAGAGCACGAAAGAGAUCGAGACAAGAGUCGGGACAGAGACGGGACGAGAGAGAGAGAAUCCGCGCCAAGGGACCCCGAAAGGAGCAGGCACAAAGACGAGAAGAGCGGUCGAGAGAGAGAAAUUCACGGCGAGGAUAGAAUAUCCGACGGACAACAAAAACCCGCAGCGGACGAGCCCAGAAAAACAGCCAAACCGGUGCCAUCUGAACCCGAACCAGCUGCCGAGCCUGCCGGGAAAGUUGACGAGCAGUCCGACAGUCCAGCCAGAAUCCCGCGGCCGUCUUCUGCCAAAGGGCAAAGGAGGAAACCUCGACCGGCGGGACAAGAUGAAUCCGACAGCGAGGGCAACGCCGAACCCCCCAAGGAAAGCGGAGAUGCCGCGGGUGCCUCGUUUCCACCCGAAGCGCCCUCCAGCAAUAAACGAAUGGCGCGGCCCAGCAGUGCUCGUGCAGCCCCCCCUCCCCGAGUCAAGAAACAGGAGAGCCUCACUGAUGUCAUCCCAGCUGAGAGACUUUCAAGUGGCAAGUCGUCGGUCAUCAGAGAGGGGAAGAAGCGCUCUGAUGACGAGGAUGAGGAAGACGAGCAGUUUCUCGUGGCGGAGGCGGCCCCCGAAGCCGCGGAAGCUCGGGAGAAGGAAUCUGCGCAAGACCUCACCGGUGAUGAAAAACACGGCGGUCUCGUAAAAAAGAUCCUUGAGACCAAAAAAGACUUUGAACCGCCACCAUCCUCCACGAAAUCCAAAGAGAAGCCGCUGUCGGGGGAAGCCUUGAAGAAAGAGCAGGACCUGGUCACGCGGGAGGUGGAGCGUCUGCGCGCCUCCAUCCAGUCGGUGUGUCAGAGCGCGCUGCCUUUGGGCAAGAUCAUGGACUACAUGCAGGAGGACAUCGACGCCAUGCAGGCCGAGCUGCAGAGCUGGCGCAAGGAAAACAAGGAGCACGCGCAGGCGUUGCUGCGGGAGCAGAAAGCGACAGACCGGGCGUUAGAACCUCUUAAGGCCGAACUUUAUGAACUGGACCAAAUGAUUAAGGAUUACCAGGACAAAAUUUGUGCGGUGAGGUCCAAUAUACUGAGAAAUGAAGAGAAGAUUCAGAAGAAGUUGACCGGAAUCAUCUCCUCUUCGACCUGAAGUGAGAACUCUUUUCACCGUCCGUCUUUGAAAAACGACCCAUCGCGGUUUCGGAGGUUUCGCUCCAUUGUCUGAAGUGGAAAAGCCACAAAUAGUUGAUGAAUACUCGACCGGGUGUAAUUCACACAGACGAGAUCUGUCAUCGUAGUACCACCCCCGACCUGUGGGAGGCAGCGCGGAGCUAAAGCACAUCCACGUUGCCGGAAAAUACACAGAAUUAAAAAAAAAAAAGUUGCAGGCGCAGAAAUAGCGUUGUGCCGGGAAGGGUUAGCAUCUUCACACAACAAAAUAUUGCAAGAUUUCAUUGCCCGUUUCACUCUUCUCAUAUUUUGGUGCCUUUGAGUGACAAAAAUCUUGAGCUUCAGGUUUGAAACUAAGAUUUACCACACGCUCACAAGUCACGGAUAUUCCAAAAAUCAGCAAUAUAUUUUUAUUUUCAGUUUUUGAGAGUUUCUUUACUAUUUAUCAGAUAUUUUAUGAAUGUAUCCGCUUGGAUGGGCAACUCUGACUUGCUCCCAAAUAGCUCACCUGGCAGGGAUCUUUUACGAAACGUCCUCUCGCAUAUAUUCUUCACGUCAAAACAAUUUCAUCUUCUCUUCCAAACAGGCUCUCACUUCAUACCUCCUUUUCCCUCCGCGAUAUUUCACAUCGCGUUCAUGUCGUGUUUUUGCGGGUCCACUUUUCAGGCACAGCUGCACUUUGAUGUGUGUAAAUAGUGAAAGUCGUGUUUUCAAGACGUGUUUGUGUUUUUUUUAAAAUAACUCGGUGUUGGAGUCCAUAUUAACGCAAGAGUGAAAUAGUGGUAGAGGAUCGCUAACCGAUGAAAAAUGAACUGUGAAAAAAAAACAACAUCUUACAUACUGAAUAUAUAUGAAUGCUCAAAUACAGUAGCAUUGGUACCCGCCGUUGAAUGGUGUGUUUUAUAAACGCCCCCCCCCCCGUUCAAAAUAUGUCCUUUUUAUUUUCAUAAUUUAGUUUUUAUUCUCUUAUUGUCAACACAGCGCUGAUUCAUAACUUCGAAUGCCGCUUUACUCACUUCUGUUACGUCAUAAAUUAUAUGUACAUAAAGUCGCCGGUAGAAACGACAGCGAGUCCUGCGCGAAGAAAUGUAGCUGUAUAUUAUGUACAUGUGGAGAUUGUAUUUUAGCUCACAUUAUUUUGUUUGUUUUUUGUAGUGAAGUACAACAAUAAAUGGCGACACUAAA